CAAAGGAAUCUCCCUCCUACGGUAUAUCAGGAGACAAUACAUGGGCGGGGUUUGUGUCAGCUGCAGGUGCGCCUCAACGCGUACGGCUUGUGCGCUUCAAUGUCAAGAGGCCUCAUUCUCAUUUCUGGAGCUUGUGAUGUCCCAGCUCACCCUGAAAUGACUACAAAAAUCAUUCAUUUCAUGGUUCAUGGGAAGGUGGAGCAGGCCGAGUUAGGCGCAGACUGCACGGCUGAUGACGUCAAAGGUGUUGCCAUGCCUAUCGAGCUGGACAACAUGGAGCACAGGCUGUGUCACCUGGAGACCAAAGUCCUCGAAGAGUCAGGGAAGACGCCAGAAAUCAUUUGUGAGCUGAAGAGUCAGGUGGAGUCCUUCAAGCGCAAGCUGGAGGGUGUCAAGCACCUGAGCUGGAUGGGUCUGUUCAGGGAUGAGGGCCCGCCUAAAACCAGGGGGCCUCAGCUGAGCAUGGUUGAGGAACGCCAGCAGGUUCGCAGGAAGUUCCUCAACAUGAGCUCUCUGCAGGUGACAGAAGAAGUGAGGGAGCAUCUUAAAACUCCCAUUUUUGACAACUGGCAGUGGGAGGCGGCGGAGAUGCUGGUGCUACUCCAGGUGAUGUUCACCGACCUGGAUUUCCUGACAGUGUUCCACAUCGAGCUGGACGUCCUCCAGAACUUCCUGUUUGAGGUCUACUGCCACUACAACAACAUCCCCUUCCACAACUUCCAGCACUGCUUCUGCGUCACUCAGAUGAUGUACGGGCUCAUUUGGCUGACAGACCUCAGGAACAAACUGGCGAGGAUUGACCUUCUGAUCAUGCUGACCUCCGCCCUGUGCCAUGACCUUGACCACCCCGGCUACAACAAUGUCUACCAGAUUAACGCUCAGACGGACUUGGCUCUUCGCUACAAUGACAUCUCCCCACUGGAGAACCACCACUGUGCCGUUGCCUUCGGCAUUCUGUCCAAGCCGGAGUGCAACGUCCUCAAACAUCUCACCACCGAUCAGUACAAACACAUCCGUGCAGGAAUGAUCAAGUGCAUUCUGGCCACCGACAUGGCGAGGCACAAUGAAAUUCUUAAUAAGUUCAAAUCCAUCCAGUCGAAAUUUGAUUUCAGGAACAAGGAUCACAAGGAAGUGUUGAUGAAAAUCAUGGUGAAGGUGAGCGACAUCUCCAACGAGGCAAGACCGAUGAAUGUGGCCGAGCCCUGGCUGGACUGUCUGCUGCAGGAGUUCUUCAACCAGAGCGACACAGAAAAACUCAAAGGGCUUCCAGUCACUCCGUUCAUGGACCGGGACAAAGUAUCCAAGCCGACCUCCCAGACCAGCUUCAUCCGUUUUGUCCUGCUACCACUCUUCACCGAACUCACCAAGCUCUUUCCCUGUCUAGAGCAACAUAUUCUGGAACCAGUGCGGAGAGCUCUGGAAUACUACUCAGACCUGGAGAGAGCCGUCCAGCAGCAGGAGGUGACCACCAAACCCUGAUGAGGACGACAUCGCCAGAUGAUAAAAGUUCUGUCCUAUCAAUCGUGUGAUAGUAGGUAAUGUUGAAAUAAACAUGUGGUAUGCAGA